AUGGGCAUGAGUUUACCAGGCUUGCAAGGCACGGAAAUAAGUUCUCUUUAUGAAUGGCAUAUCUUGAACCGCGGCUCACACGUGCGCCGGGUUCUGGAGGUUAUUGGUGGUCUUGGCGCUGCGGGGCCGUUGCUCCGGUUCUUCGGCUCUGCAUCAUUAAUUAGCGGGGAUGCCGCCUUAGUCGACACAUCCUCAGCAGCGUCGCGUCAGAACGGUUAUCUAUUAGAAGUAAGAAAUAGGCACGAAGCUCGCCCUGAAAUAGAGGGUAAUCACUUCGCCAAGUACAAUCUCAGGAACAUUGGACCCUCCUUUGUAAAGAAGGCUGGAAAAGACUCUGCCAAUGCAGGUGAAACCAUAGGUCUUUUGCGUCUUGAAGGGACAUAUCAUUUGCGUAAAGAUUGUGUCCAGCAACGCAAACGCGAUGGUCGCAAGUUGACGAGGGUUGAAAAUAUUGAAUUGGGCUAUCGUAACUCAGUGACUUCGCUAUAUAAGUUGAGUCCGGUAGUGUAUACUUCAGUCGGUUGGACUUCGGAUGAAAAUACAAAGGAAAGACCACAUAUGGAAGGAAGACGAUAG